CCACCAAAUCUUUGCUAUCUGCUAAAUUAACGACAGUGACAAAUUUCAAAUUUAAGAUCAGGCAUUUUUGAAUUUUGCUUGAAACUUCGAGUCUCGCAGAAGAUUUUUAAGAAACUAUGAUUAACUUCAAAUGGCUGAUGUAUGUAUAAAUUAUUGAGAAGAUCGAGCAAAAGUGAUGCUUACGAAAAUUUAAUAUUUUUCUUUUUCUUUUUUUUAUCGUUAUCUCAAUGAAAAUAAAUUCUAUUUAUUGUAAUGUUCGACAAUUCCUUGACUUGAAUUGGAUCCUAAGGAUCGUGAUUUCCACGAUUUUCUUAGGAACGUGCAGCUAAAUGUGUUCCAGUCCAGAUGACAUGAGUACCGUCUUCUUUUAUCCGUUUUUUGUAAGAUGUAGGAAACAGACGUUAGUUCGAUUCGAAAUAAUACCGAAAAAAUUUCCUUUCUUUCAGAAAAAAGAUUUAAAUAUUUGAAUAAAAUGUGAUCUAUUUAACACGUUGAAUGCCCAACGAGAAUCAAGUGUAUUUCCUGCAGGACUCAAAUUCAAGCAUCACGGCAGUGUGACAGAUUAACAGUAUAUGUGCUUAUAAUUAAUCUACUUGCCUUUAUACUACAAUUGAGAUUGUUUAAAAUCGAUUUCUUUUCUUUUAAUUUUUAGCAUUAAUAGCAAUUGCAAUAAGUAAUCAUUUGUCAUUGAAUAAAUUUCGGGCAACAAAGAAAUCUGAGACAUUUGUGACAAAUCAAGCUGACAUUUGUGCUCGCCAGCUCAAGAGUAGUACAUAUAUGUUUAGAUAAGGAGCAUUGAGACAAUUAUUUGUUUAAAAUACUUUCCUAGCCGCCUGUUCGAGUUAAUUUGUCAGUUUCACUCUACUUUUCAAAGUCAUUACAUCGUAUAAGUCUAUGAUUUUUUUUAUUCUCAAAAAUGUUUGUUAGACAGUGUAAAAUUUUUGUAAAUUACUGUAAAAUCCUAUACAACUGAACGAAGAAAAGCGUUACAAAACCACAAAUUUCUCUAAUUUAACUACAAAAGUUUCUAUUCGAGUAGAUAGGAUCAUCUUCCAUUUCGUGGAAGAUAGAACUUCUACGGAAUGUUUUGUGCCUCCUAGGAAUGAGAGACACGUGGCAUUUGAAGUAUUAAACUGAUCUUACGUUGAUAAAAGCACAAACACAAGGAAAAGGAACCAAUCUGUGUUACAACUGGUUUUCAGAAUCAAGCGUAUUAGAUCGCAUAAUUAUGCAAGUUGUUUCUGGUGAUCGAGUCGAGGAAAUUAUUCAGUUUUUCAUGGUCCUUCGAGAACCACAUUUGCUUCCACGGAUUCUUCCUCGAGCUACUAAAUAAAAAAGAAUCAAUUUUUGUCGUUUAUCUCGAAUUUCGAAAUAUGUGGUGUAACAAUUUCUCAAGAAAUAUUUUGAGAACUUAUCGCAUUAUAAACGAUUGUUCGUUUCAGAAAACUACAAUCAAUAGAUCGUACACUGUCGAUAGAUCACCAAAGAUACUUAUUACAGGUGGUCUUGGACAGCUGGGUACUGAGUGUGCAAAGCUACUUCGUAAAAAUUAUGGAAACGAGAACGUGAUAUUAUCUGACAUAAUCAAGCCGACAGAAGAAAGUUUAUCCAACGGACCGUUCAUUUUUGCUGAUAUUCUUGAUUUCAAAGGGCUUCAAAAAAUCGUAGUGAAUUACAGAAUUGACUGGCUAAUUCAUUUUAGUGCUCUUCUUAGCGCUGUAGGCGAACAAAAUGUUCCUUUAGCUGUGAGAGUCAAUAUAGAAGGAAUGCAUAAUGUUAUCGAAUUGGCAAAACAAUACAAAUUAAGAAUAUUUAUUCCGUCGACGAUCGGAGCUUUUGGUCCAGAUUCACCGCGGAAUCCUACACCGAAUGUAACUAUUCAGCGACCACGAACAAUUUAUGGUGUUAGCAAAGUCCACGCUGAAUUAUUAGGCGAAUAUUAUCAUCACAGAUUUGGCCUUGAUUUCCGAUGUCUUCGAUUUCCAGGAGUCAUCAGUAGUGAUCCGCCAGGUGGUGGUACCACAGACUAUGCGGUUGCAGUUUUUCACGAAGGAUUAGUGACUAAAAGAUACGAGUGUUACUUGGAACCUUACACAAGAUUACCAAUGAUGUAUAUAAAAGAUUGUUUGUCAGCGCUUUUUCAGUUUUUAAACAUUCCAAACGAAAAAUUACAAAGAAGGGUGUACAAUGUUACUGCCAUGAGUUUCACACCCGAAGAGUUAUUCAGUGAACUUAAAAAGCACGUUCCAGAUUUAAAGAUUUCAUAUAAACCAGAUGCAAGACAAUAUAUUGCUGAGAAUUGGCCACAAGUUUUUGAUGACAGUGAGGCGCGUCGGGACUGGGGUUGGCAACACAAAUACAAUUUAGAGACAUUGGUAGAAUCAAUGGUUCGCAAUGUAAAGAAAAAUAUGUCAAACAAGAGAUCAUUAAAGGAGGUUAACAGUUAUGUAUAAUACCGUUCUGAAUUAAUAUAAAUUAGCAAGACAAAAAAUAUUAUUUAUUUUGCAAUAAAAAUAUAGUACAUAAUUUAGCAAAUAUAUAUUUUUUUACACUUCA